AUGAGGCCUCUUCUAGCAGCAGGCGGCCUCUAUCGGCUUCCGGGCUGCACCGUCGAGCUGCUGCAGCAGCAGCAACCAGCAGCAGCAGCAGCAGCAACAGCAGCAGCAGCAGCAGCAGCAGCAGCAGCAGGAGAGGGUUCAGCUGAGCAGGAGGAGCGUGAGGCUUGCUGCUCCCGUGUGUCUGCACAGCUGCAGCCAAGCGAGGAAUCAUCAUCAUCAGCAGCAGCAGCAGCAACAGCAGCAGCAGCAGCUUGUUGUAAAGGUGUUGCAGCAGAUUGCUGCGAAUGGCAGCAGCGCGAAGCAGCAGCAGCAGCAGCAGCAGAAGCAGCAGCAUUUAUUCUAUCGGAUUCAACUGCCUUUAUAGCUUCUCCUCUCCCCGGCAAAGAGGGGGUCCUACGCCUCACCCCCAGCAGCAGCAGCAGCAGCAGCAGCACCCCCACCACCCCCAUCACCACCCCCACCAGCAGCAGCAGCAGCAGCAGCAGCAGCAGCAGCAGCAGCAGCAUGGUGCUGAGCAUAAGAACAGCAGCAGUGCAGUCUGUGCAUAUAUUUGGUUUACCGCAAUUUUUGUUUUUCGCAAAAAAAAUUUUUGCGCCGAUUUUAUUGCGAAGCGAAAAAGGAGAACAAAUAUUAACUCCAAAUAACAUAAACAUCGACUUGUUCGUAUCUCAUCCUUCUGUUCUCUCUGCUUCUGUGGUUAUGGGGGCCCCCCAGGGGGGCCCCCACCAGGGCCACCAGGGGGCCCCCGGGGGCCCCCUGGGGGCCCCUGUUCCUGCUGCAGUAGUGGUGGAGGGGAGGCAGCAAGGGUGCAGCUCGUUGUGUGUUGAGCUGCAGCAGGAAGCAUCUCAGCGUUUGCUGCUGCUGCGUUCUUGUUACCGUGUGUGUGUUGCUGCUGCUGAUGGAUUGCUGCUGCAGCCUCCUGCUGCUGCUGUGCUGCCUGGAGCCUCAAUUCCGCUGCUUGCUGCUGCUGCUCUUCCUGCUGCUGCUCUUGCUGCAGCAGAUGCAGCAUUGCGGCUGCAGCUGGCCUUCAAAGCUGCGCCUCUUUUCAGGGCGUUGCGGGCGUGGCAAGGAUACACUGCAGCAGCAGCAGCAGCAGCAGCAGCAGCACAUGCCUCCAUUCCGCUGCUUGCUGCUGCUGCUCUUCCUGCUGCUGCUCUUGCUGCAGCAGAUGCAGCACUGCGGCUGCAGCUGGCCUUCAAAGCUGCGCCCCUUUUCAGGGCGUUGCGGGCGUGGCAAGGAUACACUGCAGCAGCAGCAGCAGCAGCAGCAGCAGCACAACCAGCAGCAGCAGCAGCAGCAGCAGCAGCAGAGCUGGGGGCCUCUUGCAUGCCCCAGGAGACGCUCGCGCUGCUGCUGCUGCCGCGGCUGCAGCAGCCCCUGCAGCGGCAGCUGCAGUAUCUUCUUAUAGACGCAGCGCAGCAGAACACAGCAGCAGCAGCAGCAGCAGCAGCAGCAGGAGGAGCAGCAACUCCGUUCCCCCUUGCAGUCAGCAUCCCUGUGGCGAGGCCUAGCAGCAGACUGGCGCGAGUCGCAGCAAGCAGCAGAUAUGCUGCUGCAGCAGCAAACAGCAGCAGCAAUCACCAGCAGCAGCAGCAGCAGCAGCUGCAGCAGCAGCAACUGCUGCUGCCCCUCUUGGCGGUUCCCUCUCGCUGCCUUCCUCUCCUGGAAGUAUGGCUUCGGCGGCCUCUCCAUAACCAGCAGCAGCAGCAGCAACAGCAGCAGCAGCCAGCAGCAGGAGCAGCAACUCCGUUCCCCCUUGCAGUCAGCAUCCGUAGCUUUAGGCUGCUGCAGCAACGCCCAGCAGCAGCAGCAGCAGCAGCAGCAGCAGCAGCAGCAGAAAGACAUAAAUACAAAUCCUCGUAUUUGUGUGCAGCAGAAGAAAACGAAGAAGACGAUUUGCUGCUGGUUGUGGAUAUUCAGAUUCACAACCUAGCAGCAGCAGCAGCAGCUGCUGCUGCUGCUGCUGCAGCGGUGACAAGCAGCAGCGAAACUGCAGCAGCAGCAGCAGUAGCAGCAAGAGCAGCAGCAACUCUAGACGCACCGCCUGCUGCUUGGAGGGUUGAUGGUGUGCUGCUGCUGCUGCUGCAGCUGUGGCGAGGCCUAGCAGCAGACUGGCGCGAGUCGCAGCAAGCAGCAGAUAUGCUGCUGCAGCAGCAAACAGCAGCAGCAAUCACCAGCAGCAGCAGCAGCAGCAGCAGCUGCGGCAGCAGCAGCAACUGCUGCUGCCCCUCUUGGCGGUUCCCUCUCGCUGCCUUCAUCUCCUGGAAGUAUGGCUUCGGCGGCCUCUCCAUAACCAGCAGCAGCAGCAGCAACAGCAGCAGCAGCAGCAGCAACAGCAGCAGCAGCAGCAGCAGCAGCUGUUUCGGGCUGAGCAGCGUGCAGUCUUCGGACCCCUCUUCGUUUGUUGUUGUGGGCCUCGCCGAUUGCCUAUCAGGGAGAGGAGGAGCUGUUGCUGCUUUUGCUGCUAAGCCAGCAGCAGAAGUGCUGCUGCUGCAGCACGGCAUCCCGUUUGCUGCUGUGCAUAUCGUAGACACAGCAGCACCAGCAGCAGCAGCAGCAGCAGCAGCAGCAGCAGCAGCAGCAGCAGCUAAAACAAGAACAGCAGCAGCAGCAACAGCAGGAACUCGACAGUUCCGCCUCCUGGCAAAAGCAGCUUGUGAAGGUUCACCCUCCACAUGGCUGCAGCAGCAGCAGCAGCAGCAGCAGCAGCAGCAACAGCAGCAGCAGCAGCUGCAGCAGCAGCAGCAGCAGCAACAGUGGAUGGAUGCUGAGGAGUUGUCGCUGCCGCAUUGCCCCGCACUGAAGGCGGGGGCUUGUGAAGGUUCACCCUCCACAUGGCUGCAGCAGCAGCAGCAGCAGCAGCAACAGCAGCAGCAGCUGCUGCAGCAGCAGCAGCAGCAGCAGCAGUGGAUGGAUGCUGAGGAGUUGUCGCUGCCGCAUUGCCCCGCACUGAAGGCGGGGGGUUCGUUGGUUCUGUCUUUCCGGCUGCAGACCCUCACCCCUCUCAAGCAGCAGCAGCAGCAGCAGCAGCAGCAGCAGCAGCUGCAGCAGCAGCAGCAGCAGCAGCAGCAAGAGUGGCGUGAGAUAGAGUUUGUCUCUCCUCUCUUCAACUCGCGCUUGUCGCUGGGCUGCAGCAUAGCUGACGGUGUCUUGGGGCUGCUGUAUACAGCAGCAACCACCUUUCUCCCUAUACCUGAGCAGCAGCAGCAGCAGCAGCAGCAGCAGCAGCAGCAGUUGGUGCUGCUGCAGCAGCAGCAGCAAGUGCAGCAGCAAUACAGGGGCCUGCUGCGCCCCUCAGCAGCACCUGUCUGCACCCUGCGGGAGCGCAAGCGACUGACUGUGCAGGAGGUGCUGCAUGCACUGCAGCAGCAGCAGCAGCAGCAGCAGCAGCAGCAGCAGAGCGGAGAUGUGGGGGGCUGGCGGGGGGCCUCGGGUUUAGCUGAGGCGGCUUUGCCCCCGCACUGCGUGGAACAGCAGCAGCAGCAGCAGCAGAGUGGAGAUGUGGGGGGCUGGCGGGGGGCCUCGGGUUUAGCUGAGGCGGCUUUGCCCCCGCACUGCGUGGAGCUGCUGCUGGAGCAGCAGCAGCAGCAGCAGCAGCAGCAACUGCAGCAGCAGCAAGUGCAGCAGCAGCAAGUGCAGCAGGAGGUGUUCUGGCAGCAGUGCAUGCGGUGGCCCGUGAGGCCCCCCCUUCGUGUGCUUGCGGAUGAGGGGGCCCCUGAGCUGCUGCUUGCUGCUGACGGUGUGCUGCCCGGUGCUGCUGCUGCUGCUGCUGCUGCUGCUGCUGGUGCUGAUGCACUCAUCCGCAUCAAGCCAGCAACACAGACACUGAAGUUCAAGCUCUUUACGAGCAGCAGCAGCAUCAGCAGCAGCAGCAGCAGCAGGGGUGGCGAUAGACUUGUAGCAGUUACCUCCCCCCCCCGCAGCAGCAGCAGCAGCAGCAGCAGCAGCAGCAGCAGCAGCAGCAGCAGCAGGUGGCCUAUAGAGCUGCAUCUGUUCCCCUUGCUGAGCUCCUCUUUGCCUAGGAUAGAUAUAUCUACGGGGGCCUUCAUAGUCGAGCCCGUGCGUCAGGGGCCCCUUCUCACUCUGCGCAUAACCCCAGCAGCAGCAGCAGCAGCAGCAGCAGCUGGGGAUGCUGCUGCUGCUGCUGCUGCUGCUGCUGAUGGCAGCGUGCUGCUGGAGUGGGUUGCGCCUGAACAAACAGAAAUUACAAUAGAAGAGACAGAAACAAACACGAGGCUGUUGCUGCUGCUGCAGAGCUCAGCUGGGCGCGCAGCACAUAGGUCUGCUGCUGCUGCUGCAGCAGCAGCAGCAGCAGCAGCAGGAGCAGCAGCAGCAGCAGCAGCAGGAGAGGAAGAAGAAGAAAUGCCGCGGUUCUUUGAAACUGCAGCACCGCCACUGCUGCUGUUUGCUGCUGUCUUAUGUAUAGCUGCUGCUACUCUGUGGAUCUGCUGCUGCUCUGUUGGCUCUCGUGGUGAUGCUCGUGCUGCUGCUGCUGCUGCAGCAGCAGCAGCAGCAGCACCAGCAGCAGCAAGUAACGAAUCGAAGCUAUACAGCAGCAGCCCAGCAGCAGAUAUGAAACUACAGUACUCUCAGGCCUCACUAAGGGCAAGGAAGGGGUUCUGCUUGGAUCCCCCUGCUGCUGCUGCUGCUGCUCCUGCUGCAGCAGCAGCAGCAGCAGCUGCUGCUGCUGCUGCAUAUACACUGCAGCCAAACGGAGAGUGGCGCCCACAAAGACAGCUGCUUGCUAUACACUGCAGCCAAACGGAGAGUGGCGCCCCCAAAGACAGCUACUUGCUGCUGCUGCUGCAGCAGGGGAUGGGGGGCCCCCUGAUAUGA